ACCAAUGGGAGCCCCAGGAGGCGGUAUCCAAUGAGAAAAAGAGCGGUGCCCAUAAGAGCUGGGAAAGCGCGGGCUUUCCUUCCCCGUUCAUUCUCCUGUCGUCUACUUAUCUGCAGGACCAGUUCCUUCAUCGUUUCGCGCGCAAGUUCCUUUUCGGCGAGCGGGGCGCCAUGUCGGGUCGCGGGAAAGCCAGUGGCGGGAAGGGGCGGGCCAAGGCGAAGUCGCGCUCGUCGCGGGCCGGGCUGCAGUUCCCGGUGGGGCGCGUGCAUCGGCUGCUGCGGCGCGGGCACUACGCGGAGCGAGUCGGGGCCGGCGCGCCCGUCUAUCUGGCGGCGGUGCUGGAGUACCUGACGGCCGAGAUCCUGGAGCUGGCGGGCAACGCGGCGCGCGACAACCGCAAGACGCGCAUCGUCCCGCGCCACGUGCAGCUGGCCGUGCGCAACGACGAGGAGCUCAGCCGCCUCCUGGGCCACGUCACCAUCGCGCAGGGUGGCGUCCUCCCCAACAUCCCCGCCGCCCUCCUGCCCCGUAAGGCCGGAGGGGCGGCGGCUGCGAGCGGAGCAGCGCCCAAGAAGAAGGCGAGCCAGGCAUCGCAGGAGUACUAGGCGGAGGAGAGCAGCGGUCUCCCGACGCGGCUUCCCCCUUGCGCUGGCAGGGGGACGGGCGCACUUUGAACGGAGCGCACCGGCUGGCCGGCCGACGGACUGAUGAACUGGAGGGGGCUCUGUUGGAACUGUGGUUUGGGGGGCUCGAUGUUCGCUUGUUUAUUAAAAAGAACCUUGCACCUUUUAA